UACUGAACCACACAAUGGUACGGUAUCGCAAUACUGGAGUGCGUGGUGCGAGGGUCUGUAUUCAGGAAUGGAAUAUGCCGGUGAGACGCUGCGUGCAUUCUCCAAGUAUCAUUGGUCCUGUUUGUGGCAACAUGAACGGAUAGGAAUACAAUGAGCACACGAGUCCUUCGAGAAACUCGUCAGCGUGAUGGCUGUCAUACACCGGCAUUGCGAUACUGGGUUCUUGCUGGACAGCCCUUGAGGACGUUUCUCGCCUUGACACACUGUCAAACCGCCGAUGGCACCAUAUGGCCCUCCAGUUUUUCCCACGAAGAGCAACAGUAUAUUUGCAGCUUUGAUUACUCCCAUCCGACAGCAUCCCGAAGCGACGCAAAGUGGUCACAAAUCGUUUACAGGAGCCAUGCUAGCUGCAAUAGCGAACCCUCGUGCUGCAAAAGCCAGAUGAAGAGCUUGCUGGAAUUUGAUCCUCUUGUUGUAGCAAGGCUGCGGGGACUGCAUCGUCAAGUUGCCGUGCCGCCUUGUCGCUGCUUGAUUCGCCUAUGUCAAAUUGACCGCUAUCAGGGCAUUAUUCGAGGGAUGCGAUGGAUGGAUGCUUCAUGUCGGGAGUGGAUGAAUUGGCCCGAUGCCCGAAGCAGAGGAUGACAAAGUAAUAAUGAACUGGUAAAAUUCACCACCACAACCCUCCGACUGGUCUCCAACACCUCAAUUCCAUGUGGCUUACUUCCCAAACACUAGCAAGAUGAGUAUUUCUUGGUUUGCAGCGGCCAACGGUCGCUGGCUCCGAAACGUCCCCAGAUGGUAAGAACUUAUCGUCCGAAUGUGUAGAUUCUGGCGCCGAACCGACGCCAAUCCAAUUGCAUUGCACCUCUUCGACCACAAAACUCCCACUUUUCCUUUCUCUUUGUCCUCAUGCUCGUAAAUGACGUAUCCAUUUCAGAUAGAGAGCAUAGCUCUGGGUAAGAGAUCUCCACG